ACGAUGUCUAUAAUAGUUUUAACACAUCACAAUGAGUGCAUUUAUGAUAUAACAAAGAGCUUCGAUCAGAGUUUCCCGAAGAAGACCAAAAAGCUCGAAGAUAAAACUGGUAGGUGCGAUUAUAAAUUUAGCAGGGAAAGAAAGAGAUGGUUAUUGAAGAACGGUAAGCCGCACGGCACGAUGGGUCUACCUAAGCAGCCGCCAAGGAAUCCUCACGACUUCCUGAAGAAAAAUACUGGAAAACCGCCGAUGCUACCGCCGGAAAUAGCAGAUCCUGAUCAUGGUAAGAAACCUCAAAUGCAGCGAAGAUUACCUCCCGUUCCGUUAAGGGAGGAAACUUUGAAAGAAACCGCUGAGAAGUUGAAGCACGAGAAGAAGAACCAUUUACAGAAAAAUAUUAAGAACGCCACGACCAUGGCGCCUAAAUUGCCUGCUAGGAGAGUCAAUAUUACUAUAACAGGAGACAGCAGAGAUUUGUCUGCAGGUCUGGAACCCCAGCACCUAACUUCCAAAGUAUAUGGAAAAAUACCUCCAUAUUUGGAUCAACUCAUUAAAGUCAAAGAAAAGGCCAUUCAAAGGGAGAAAGAUCGAUACACCAAACGGCCAAAGUGUGCUUACAUAACACGCGAAGAACGUGAAAACUUAUUGGCCGGUUUGAAACAAAAUUGGGAGGAGCUUCAAAGGAUUUAUCAAGGAUUACCGAUUCUCACGGAUACAAUUCCAAAGAAACAACGCAAAUCACGAAUCGAAUCCGACUUGAAGCAAUUAGAGAAAGACAUCGUCCUCAUCGAGCGACAUCCUUACAUAUACGUUUACGAUGAUAAGAACGAUUUAUAA